AUGUGGUUAACAAUUUUAGUUGUCAUCGCUAUCAUUGUUCUUAUCCUCUAUUUAGACACUGUCAAACCACCAAAGUUUCCUCCUGGCCCAAGAUGGCUCCCAAUACUUGGCUGUGCACAUGAAAUACAAAGAAUCAGAGACAAAUGUGGUUAUCUUUACAAAUGUAUACAAGAAGUAACGAAUAAGUACUCAAAUGAUGGUUCCGUUGUAGGAAUCAAAAUUGGUAAAGACCGCAUUGUGUUGGUAAACAGUCUUGAGGCAAAUAAAGAAAUGCUUUACAAUGAAGAUAUCGAUGGACGCCCCAAAGGAAUAUUCUAUCAAACACGAACAUGGGGAGAAAGAAAAGGUGUUAUGCUAACUGAUGGUGAAUUGUGGAAAGAACAGAGGCGCUUUCUUAUAAAACACUUGAAAGAGUUCGGUUUCGGCCGAAAGGGUAUGUCUGAAAUAUCAUUUUCUGAAGCAAGACAUCUAGUAAAGGACCUGACAAAAGCUAUAGGAGACAAAACCUCCGCAGAGCUGUACAUGCACAACUUUUUCAACACGUAUAUUUUAAAUACAUUAUGGACAAUGAUGGCUGGCCUUCGUUAUGAACCAGAUGAUCCACGGAUGGUGAAGCUUCAGGAUCUGUUAUUUGACUUGUUUGCUGCUAUUGAUAUGGUUGGUUGUGCAUUCAGUCAUUUUCCUAUACUGAGUGUGAUAGCACCGAAGGCAUCUGGUUACAAAGACUUCGUAGCAACACACGAGCGUCUGUGGGCAUUCUUGCGAGAUGAAAUAGCAAACCACAAAGAACGUUUCCAUCCAAGUAACGAGGACAAAGACUUCAUGGACGUCUACAUAAGAGUAUUGAGUCAACCUGGCGAUAAGCGUACUUACUCAGAGGAUCAGCUAGUUGCAAUGUGCAUGGAUAUGUUUAUGGCUGGGACUGAAACGACAGCAAAGAGUAUGAGCUUUUGUUUCAGCUACUUGGUUAGAAAUCAAGAAGUGCAAAAAAAAGCUCAGGAAGAAAUAGAUGAAGUUGUUGGUAGGGAUCGGGCUCCCACCUUAGAGGAUAAGCUAAACAUGCCAUACAACGAAGCUAUCAUCCACGAGAGUGUACGUCACUUUAUGGGACGAACAUUUGGCGUACCUCAUCGUGCCAUGCAGGACACUACCUUGGCUGGCUACCGAAUUCCAAAGGACACAAUGGUCGUGUCAAACUACACAAACAUUUUGAUGGAUGAUAACCUUUACCCUGAUCCGUAUUCCUUCAAACCGGAAAGAUUUAUCAGAGAUGGCAAAGUUUGUCUGCCUGAUCACUACUUCCCAUUUGGACUAGCGAAGCACCGAUGCCUAGGCGAUGUUCUGGCCAAAUGCAACAUCUUCAUGUUUACAACUGCUGUUCUGCAGAAAUUUUCCCUUUUGCCAGGACCAGAAGGACUUCCAUCAUUGAAUCAUAUUGAUGGAGCAACGCCAUCUGCAGCUCCUUUUAGGGCAUUGAUAGUCAAUAGGUACUAA